GGGGCAGGCGCUGGAGAUGCGGCGGCAGCAGAGCGACCGCGACGCCGAGAAGCUGCGCGGCGCCAUCGCCGACCUCGAGCGCGAGAAGGAGGGGCUGAAGCGCGAGGCGGAGCUGCUGCAGCGGAGGGCCGAGGAGAUGGAGGUGGCCCAGCAGGCGCAGCUCCGCCAGGAGACGCAGUCCCUGCAGGAGUCCUUCCUGCAUGAGAAGGACGCGCUGCUGCAGAGGGAGAAAUUCAUCGAGGAGGAGAAGGCGAAGCUGGAGAAGCUCUUCCAGGACGAAGUGGACAAAGCGCAGAGCCUGAAGGCCGAGCAGGAGCGGCAGCAGCAGGAGAUGGAGCAGGAGAAGCAGCAGCUGAAGGCCAUGCUGGACGAAGCCAAGCGGCAGCAGGAGGAGGCGGAGGAGAGCGUCCGCCGCAAGCAGGAGGAGCUGCAGCAGCUGCAGAAGCAGCGGCAGAAGCAGGAGAAGCUGCUGGAGGAGGAGAACCGGAAGCUGCGCGAGCGGCUGCAGCAGCUGCAGGAGGAGCAGCGGAGCGCCGUGGCGCCCACGCGGGAGAUGAUGAUCCAAACUGAUGCGGCGCCGCAGCCGCACGCGGUGCCCAACGGCCGCCACGCGGUGGACGGCCCGGAGCAGAACGGAGAGCCCGAAUUCGCCUUCCAGGGCAUCCGGCAGAAGGUGUCGGCGCAGCAGUUGGCGGCCGCCGGCGUCCUGAGCGGCCACAGCCUGGGCCAGCUGGCCGAGGGGAAGGUCAGCGUGGAGGAGCUGGCGCGGCGCGACGACGUGCGGACGUUCCUGCAGGGCCGCAGCUGCAUCGCCGGUCUGCUGACGGAGCCCGGCCGGCAGAAGAUGAGCAUCUACGAGGCCAUGAAGAAGCGGCUGCUCGGCCCCGGCACCGCCUUGGUGCUGCUGGAGGCGCAGGCGGCCACCGGCUUCAUGCUGGACCCCGUGCGCAACGCCAGGCUGUCGGUGAACGAAGCGGUGCGGGACGGGCUGGUGGGACCGGAGCUGCACAACAAGCUGCUGUCGGCCGAGCGCGCCGUCACCGGGUACAAGGACCCCUACACCGGGGACAAGAUCUCGCUGUUCCAGGCCAUGCAGAAGGAGCUGAUCGUCCGGGAGCACGGCAUCCGCCUGCUGGAGGCCCAGAUCGCCACCGGCGGCAUCAUCGACCCCGUGCACAGCCACCGCAUCCCCGUGGAGGCGGCCUACAAGCGCGGGCUGUUCGACGAGGAGAUGAACCGCGUCCUGUCCGACCCCAGCGACGACACCAAGGGCUUCCUGGACCCCAACACGCAGGAGAACCUCACCUACCUGCAGCUGAUGGAGCGCUGCGUCGAGGACCCCGAGACGGGGCUGCUGCUGCUGCCGCUCAGCAGCCAGGCGGGCGCGGAGCUGCUCUACAGCGACCAGGAGGCCAAGGACGUCUUCAAGAAGGCCACGGUGAGCGCCCCGUUCGGCAAGUUCCAAGGGAAGACGGUGAGCAUCUGGGAGAUCAUCAACUCGGAGUACUUCACCGAGGACCAGAGGAGGGAGCUGAUCCAGCAGUACCGCGGCGGCAAGGUGACGGUGGAGAAGAUCAUCAAGAUCGUCAUCACGGUGGUGGAGGAGGGCGAGAAGAAGAGGCAGAUGCUCUUCGAGGGGCUGCGCGCCCCGGUGCCGGCCGCAGAGCUGCUGGAGAGCCGCAUCAUCGACAAGGACGUGUACAACCGGCUGCGGCAGGGCAAGGCCAGCGUGGCCAACGUGGCCCAGAGCGACGCGGUGCGGCCCUACCUGAGCGGCACGGACGCCGUCGCCGGGGUCCUGGUGGAGUCCAGCGGGGAGAGGCUGAGCUUCUACGAAGCCCAGAGGAAGAACCUGCUGAAGCCGGAGGUGGCCCUGGCUCUGCUGGAGGCGCAGGCGGCCGCCGGCUUCAUCGUGGAGCCGACGAGCGGCCGGCUGUACACCGUGGACGAGGCGGUGAAGGCCGAGGUGGUGGGGCCGGAG